AAGAAUCGUAGCGAUCAGCGAUCGGCAUGCAUUGUACAGUAUAUAACAGUCUCGAAGAUAUUGAAUCAAUUUUUUCAAGUUACCUAUCAGUUCUUUCCCUAAUGAGACAAUAUAUUUAAUUUCAAAAUUAAAUAAAAUCGCGCGGUUUAUUCCUGUAGCUAGACAGCUGAUUUAGUUCCACAGGUAGUUGCACCUUUUUUUAGCCUUUGACAGAUGUAUGAGCUAACCUUUCGUAUUCUCAUACGGAUGACAUUUAUUUGAUUUUAUUCAUUAUAAAUUAAGCACAAAACGAACUCCUUGCAUUUAACAUUCAAGCGUAAAAGAUAUACGAAUUACUUUGACAUUUAACAUGAAAUUUGUAACAUUCUAUGAAAAGAAUGGCAUUUCUAAUAUGUUCAGUAUUAACUGCAUUAACGAUCAUGUCGAGGCCUACACCUGCAAGUACGAGUACAGGUAAAACCGAGGACAUGUACAAAAAUUUAUCUAUUGCGUGUAAUGAAUUUACAAGAAACAUAUACAAACAAUUCACUGCUGCCUCCGCCAAUGAAAAUAUUGUUAGUUCACCAUUAAGCAUUCAUAUGAUAUUGUCCUAUCUUUCGCAUGGCGCAGAUUCUACCACUUUAGAGGAGUUCACUAAGUCUCUUUACCUUUUUGACAAAGAGUCUAUAAAAGAAGGAUAUAGAUCCUUAAUAACACAAUUCAAUGAACUGGGCAACAUUAAAUUAUACCUCGCGAACGCGAUGUAUGUUAGACACGACUUUGAUCUAUUCACAGAAUUCUUGACGAUAGGCAAAGAGGUUUAUCAAUCUGAAAUCGUGAAGAUCGAUUUCAGACGUAAUACGGACGCGGCAGCGAAGAUCAACGGUUGGAUUAAGAAAAAGACAAAUAAUAAGAUACCUGCUCUCGUAUCUCCUAACGAUUUCGAUGAGAAUACAUGCAUGGUGUUAGUGAAUGCAAUUUAUUUUAAUGGCAAUUGGUUACAAGCGUUCGAUAAAAAGAAUACGAAAGACAGAGCGUUUCAUGUAACGGCGAGCCAGCAGAAACUUGUACCAACGAUGUAUAGAAAGUCUUCGUACGCUCACGGUAACAUACCAACGCUGAAAGCAAAAUUUAUACAAAUUCCUUACAUGAAUACAGACGUCACCAUGACCAUAAUCUUACCGGAUGACAUCAACGGCCUUAUGAAUGUGGAGAAUAAGUAUACACGGGAAGCACUAGAAAAUGUAACCGUUUCCAACAGCGAAGUUGAACUGUAUCUUCCUAAAUUCAAAGUUGAAUUCCGAAUAGACUUGAGAAAUAUUUUACGUAAUCUGGAUCUGAGCUUGAUGUUCGAGCAUAACGCAAACUUCAGAAGGAUUUCCAAGGUGCCGUUGCUAGUCAGUAAAGUUCUACACAAGGCAGUUAUAGAAGUCAACGAAGAGGGAACAGAAGCCGCGGCUGCAACUUAUGCGCAAGUAAGGGUGCGACGAAUGAUUGUCGAGGAACCAGAGAAGUUUGUAGUGGAUCGGCCUUUUAUGUUCAUUAUCGAAUAUAAACCCAGCAAGACGUCGCUCUUUAUUGGAAGUAUUAGGGAUAUAGGAACCUCUCCUCGCAAGGAAGAGUUAUAAGUUUCUUUACUCGAAGGCAUGCGAAAUAAAAUUAAGAUUCGUCUAUUGUUGUACGUUCAUAUUAUAGUACUUUUCUGUUAUAUUAAUAUGUUAUGCCAUUUGUAAGAUAUUAUAAGUUACGAAUAAUAUAUAAAUUUAUUUAUUAAUUUAA